CGCAAUAUAGAACAAAUAUAAAAUAGCGCCUCGCUGUAAAUUUUAUUUAUUUAUUUGAAAUUGUUUUAGUCCACGUUCUCGUGUGACGCAGCGAUUGUCCAGAAAUGGGGUCGUACCUCAUAAGCCGUAAGGCAUGCUGCAUGUUGUUUAAAUAGGAAAGAUGCUGGUACCCGGCCGUGCGGCAUAAUACUAAGCUUUAUAAAACGCCAAUUUUCUAGUAGAUUAAUUAACUAAUUCUGUAGGAAAUUUAAACAGCGUUUCGGCUUUAGAAUAAUUUCACUGUCGCCGGUAUUUAUCUGCUUAGUGGAUAAAUUAUAUACAAAUAUGUUGAGUCAUGUACACCUAGGAACGGUGCUGUGUAUCGUAAUCAAUUGUAAGCUCUAAAUCAAGAAUAUUACUUUUUUACCCGGAUUUCUCCAUUGAGCACACAAUGGGUGGCCAAAAGUGUGAUAAUGUUGUCUGUCACUUUGACGUAUUAACGGUGCAUUGUCAUCACAUCGAAAGAGUGCUCUAAUCUCUUUUUUAAUGAAAUGUGUUAAUUUUUAGGUAGGAAGGAUUAUCGGAGGACCAGAGGUCUUUCCAAUUUCACAGGUGGGCGAGCAAAGGCUCAGCCAGAGAAAUUUGUUAACGGAGACUCAUGGUUAAUUAUAAAAUAGCUUAGUAGUACCAAUCCAUUUCUAUAUUAUAUACAUAUAACCGGAUGGUUUUUGCGUUUAAGCUGUAGAUUGAUGGUCUUUGAAACGAACUGAAAGAAUCAGAAUUAAUUUCCAUAUCAUUAUGUAAAUAUAUAUUAUUAUAUAUUUCGAUCGAACGAUCUCUCUUGUUUUCGUCUCUAAAUCAAAGUUACUAAGUUAAAGUUAAAAUUUUAAAGUUUCAAGUUUAAGACUGUGUAACGUGCUGUAAUUUGGCUGUAUGUCGUGGUAAGGAAUUAUGAGCACUUAUAAACAAACAUCGCGAUUAUUUGUAUUCAAUAGAAAGAAAAUUUGUUGAAACUGUUCCAUUAAAUGAUUCACGUCAUUGUAGGCAGCGCGUUAGGUUUCGGUUGCUUGUUUUCUUGCAUUCGUGCAUUUUAUUCCAUGUUCAUGUCAUUUUGCUGCGUUUUAUAACAAAUAUUUCACAAUUGCCAUCUGUAUGUACAUUCUGCGUAGUGAUUUCAUAUUUCACACACACUCUGUCUGUUAGAAAAAUGAAUUAUUUAACUUGUCCGCUGGUUUUAUUGACGAUUUUGUCGGUGCAAUGCGUACCGUUCUUGAAAGAUAAUGCUUUGAGUGACACUCUUGUCUUAGAGGACGAUAAGGAACCUAAGCAUCGUGUCAAGAAGUCAUUUGUGGUCGAGCCAAAGAAAGAAGAGGAGAAUUUAUUAUUAGAAGAAGAAACAAGCAAUGUGGGAGAUGAAGAGAAUGUUUCUGGAUUAAUGGCUGCACGCGAAGGCAAAAAUCUGGAACACUUUACGCCUGAGACGUACUCAAAUAUGGGAAUUCCGAAGAAAGUACUACCGUUUAUUUGGUACAGACAAUGGCAGCCAUAUGAAGAAAACCUUCCCGCUGGAAAUUUAAUAUAUCCACACUUGCAUCCAGCAUUUAUGGUAUUACAGUCUAUGAAUUCACUGCCACCAGUUUACACACCCCAAUAUACAAAAGAUUUAUCGUUGCGAAGGUCUUCAAGGUCGGAAGUCGAUGAUUUUUUGGAACAGCUGAAUCACGAUACUAUCAUGAAUAACAUCCUGCCAACUAUGCCGUUUCCGUUUCUUCGUACCUCUAAUCAUGGCGAGUCCCCACAAGAAGACCUUGUAACGGCUAUAUUUCCUGGAGUAGAAAAUACUGCAAGUGCUAUACCAAUACUUUUGAGCUGUUCGCCUAAGGUUCACCAAGGCACCCUUCAAAAUUAUCAGAUCAACAAUCACGAAAGUCACGACUCUGGUACUUCGCAUAACGACGCAGUACUGAUAACUGACAGCAAGCCAGCGGAGCCUUCAUCAUCAAAAUAAGGAAUACUCAAUCGACGUGAUUACUGAAUUUCGAAAUACUAACUAAUUUAUCAUUUCGUGAAAGGUUUUCAUAGUGAUAUUGAUAAGAAGAAGGCGAUUUUAAACAAUAAACAUUUGAUUUUUGAGAA